CCUAAAUAUAAUGGGCAUGACUGCAGCAGAUGGGGACGAAGGGCUACAGGAAUACGGCUUGGAAUUUGAAGAGACUGACGAAGUUAUUGAGGUUCUCUCCGCAGAGGAUACAGAAAGUCCGGGUACCAGCCGAAAUAAGAGGCCCCGAUCUGCCUCACUGCCGAACCACUCGGAGUCGUCCAGCCAGCGAGCGCGUUUAUCUUCCGAGUUAGUGGACAGUAUUAGUGAAAUGAACAAUAAAUCUUUGAGUGUCCUGAAUGACAUUAAUGGAAAUUUAAAGCGAAUCGCGGAUUGUUUGGAAAUUAUUGUGAAACGCGCGUUUCCGGAAUAAUAAAUGAUAAAUAUACAAAUACAUGUUUAUAGAUGUGUAUAUAACAAAAAGGCCAUGUAAUAUAUUACAGAAAUAAUCUAUACAUAUUAUAUAUAUAUAUAUAUAAUAAAAAGUUAACAACAAAGUAACUCAAACACUAUAUUAAAUUCCUUUAUCGAAUUAAUUAAACGACAAAACUCUUAUUGCUAAUAUCAACGCUGUAAAUAAUUUAGUAUAAUUUAUAGAAAAAUAAAUGUGGAUUUGUGGGAUUGUAUACGUAUAUA